AUGAAUACUAGAUAACCACUCUAAUCUUAUAAUUCAGUAGAGAGAAACCCUGAGAAAUCAUGCAAGUCUAUUUCAGAAAUCGAGACAUUCCUUAAAGAAAUAGACAGAUUGUAAGGAGAGAAUCAGAAGUUGAAAGACCGUCUUAAAUAAUAGCCAUCCAUAUCAAUGACUUUGGAAAACCAAAAGGUACUUGCAGAGAAUCAAGACCUAAAAAAUUAAAUGGAGUUGCUAUAACAUAAAAAUGAGGUAUAAGACAAGACCCAUGCAGAUGCCUUAAGACAAUUGGAUAUCAAUUGGAAAUAGGAUGUGGCUACCUUAAAGUUUUAAUUGGAACAAUAAGAGAUCAACCAUAGAUAAAGUUCAAGAUAAGAAAUUAUGUAAUACAAAUCAGAGAUAGCUAAGUUGCAACAAUCUCUUUCUAAGAUUUCCAAUGUUGAGAAUAAUAAUUAGAACCUUGUUCAAGUUUUGGAAAAUGAGUUGAUUUAGGUUAAGUAGAUUAAUAAUGGAUUAGAAGAAAAGUUAGAAUAAGCUAUUUCUUAAUUUGACCUCUAAUCAAAGGACUAAGAAUUUACUUUGAUGAAAUAACAAACUAUUAUAAACUCUUAGGAAUAAUAUCUGAAUGAAUUGAAAUAAAAGCUUUAGAUUUAAAAGGAUUAAAAUCUUGAUUUAUUAUCAUCAGUAAAGAAAUUGAAGGAGGUAGCUGACAACAAAACUGUUUAAGCUUCCAAUUUAAGUAGUAGAGUCAAAGAAUUGGAGAGUGAUUUCAAACAUGUUAGUAGUACCUAUUAGGAACACAAAGCCUAAUUGUAAUAAAGAGUUGAUGAAUUAAUUUUAUCGACUGGAAAAUAAGCUGAACAAAUAUGUUUACUUCAAACCUAAUAACAAAGAGAUCAAGAAUUGAUUAAGAGAUUGCAAAUCAAUUUGGAAAAUGAAUAAAAGAAUAGGGAGAUGGAAGUGAAAGAAAUUCAAGAAUCUAAGGCUAAGCUAAUUCAAUUUUUACAAUCGGAGUUAUUGUAACAAAAGGAAUAGAAUCAUCAGUUGAGAAGUGAUAAUUAAGUCUUAGAUAAAUAAUUGAAAGAAUUGAAACAAUUCUAUCAGUACAACUUCAGAGAUUUAGAAUGUAAAACUAAUACGUUGGAGGGUGAAUGCAAUAGAUUGAAUAACAUCAUUGCUUAAAAGGAUCAAGAAUUAGUGAUAAUUGAAAUGUAGAUGAAGAGUACUUCCAAUUAUUAAGAGAGAGAAGAAGAUAAGAUCAAUGAAGUCAUUCAAAUUAAAGAAUAGGAAGUUAAUUUAUUGAAGUAAUAAAAUGAAAGUUUGAUAAACGAUCUAUCAAGGCAAGCUGAUAAUUACAGACACUUGGCUCUGUAGCACAAAUAAUAUUAGAAAUUUGCAGAGGAUGUCAAAAUGAAUAAUAUCACCAUUAAUGAAUUAUAAAGCAAAUGUGAAUUAUAAGAUAAGGAAAUCGAGAGAUUGAGAAUGAAAGUUCUAGAAAAGUCAUAGCAACUUGAAAAAGUGCAAAAGGACAAUCUUGAUUAUUAAGCCAAACUCAAAACCAGAUUGAAAUGA